AUGAGCACCAAUUUGGUACAGGCCGCUCAAGCGCAGGCUGCGAAGCGUGGUAGACUUUCGCAGGUCUCUUUGAUCUUUGCAUGCGGCACGGCGUUGUUUUCCGAUGUCAUCGGGAGCGUUAACACGAUUCUUGGACUUCUCUAUCCUAAGGGAUUCAAACAACAUCCGAAAUACAGUCGAACCCUUUCGAGUUUGACCUUUGCAGGUACUGUAGCUGGGAUGUUAAUUUUCGGGUACUUGAGCGACAAGGUUGGCCGGAAGUUUGGCAUGAUGGCAGCAACCGUCAUAGUGGUUAUCUUCUCCGCACUCUCGGCCGCAUCCUAUGGAGCUGGAGAUACAUUCAGCGGUCUCAUCACGUCUCUUUCCGCCUAUCGCUUUUUGCUAGGAAUUGGGGUUGGUGCGGAGUAUCCUUGUGGUAGUGUCGCAGCAAGCGAACAAUCGGAGGGUCAAGGUAUAGCCAAGAAUGCGCAGCAUAGAUGGUUCGCCCUUGCGACAAACUCAAUGAUCGACUUCGGCUUCGUAAUAGCCGCAUUUGUACCCCUUGUCCUUCUCUGGAUUUUUGGCUUGAACCACCUCCGAGUCGUCUGGCGUCUUUCAUUAGGCCUUGGCGUAAUUCCGGCUUCCAUCGUCUUUGUAUGGCGAUUGAAAAUGGUUGAAUCAACGAGAUAUCAGAAAGACUCGAUGAAACAUGUUCAAUUGCCUUAUUGGUUGAUUUUUAGGAGGUAUUGGCCAAGUCUGAUCGCUAUCUCUGUGACGUGGUUUAUAUACGAUUUCAUCACUUACCCGUUUGGACUUUAUUCGUCCACGAUUUUGCUUGGAGUAUUGGGGAAGGAUCCAUCGCUGUACAAAUCAUUCGGAUGGAAUGUUGUCAUCAAUUUGUUCUAUAUGCCCGGGACACUCAUUGGGGCAUUCGUUGUUGAUUACCUCGGUCCUAAGAAUACGAUGAUUUUUGGUCUCCUAGCCCAAGCCGCUAUUGGAUUCAUCAUGUCAGGUGCCUACAUACCCUUGCAGAGACACGUCGCUGCAUUUGCGGUUGUAUAUGGCAUAUUCCUUUCGUUCGGUGAGCUUGGACCUGGAAAUUGCCUUGGAUUGUUGGCCAGCAAGAUGGGGCCUACCGCUGCGAGGGGACAUAUUUAUGGUAUUGCGGCUGCCGUUGGGAAGGUAGGGGCUUUUGUUGGGAUUUGGGUCUUCCCUCCGAUGAUCACUGCCUUCUCGCAUCACGGAAAAGACCCUAACCGAGGCUAUACAGGUCCUUUCUGGGUUGGAAGCGGACUGGCUGUGCUGAGUGCAAUCAUUACAUUCCUUCUCAUCAAACCGCUUUCGCAUGAUGGGAUGGAAGCAGAAGAUUUGGCGUUUAGGGAAUAUCUGGAGGCCCAUGGAUGGGAUACUUCUCAGAGAGCUUUAGAAGUUACGAGUGAGUCGGAGGUGGCUUCUAUUGAGGAGAAGCACAUUGCAGUAGAGGAGACAAAAGUUUAA